GUGUUUGUGCCCAAUGGUCGGGGAGCUUUGCACAGAGGUAGCUAUGGAGAUGGAGAUUGCCUGGCUCCUGCUCUUGAAGGUUUGACAGGUGUGUGCUCAGCCAGAGACAGAGACCACGGUAUGUACACCAAAGGGAAAGGAUGUACUGUUCCCUCGGACAGUCAGGCAAGAGAGAAAUUAGCCUUGUACGUUUAUGAAUACUUACUUCAUGUGGGGGCACAGAAAUCGGCUCAGACUUUCUUAUCCGAGAUUCGGUGGGAAAAGAACAUAACGUUAGGUGAACCGCCAGGAUUCUUACACUCGUGGUGGUGCGUGUUCUGGGAUCUGUACUGUGCUGCUCCAGACCGACGCGACACCUGUGACCACUCGAGCGAGGCUAAAGCGUUCCACGAUUACAGUGCGGCGGCAGCUCCCAGCCCGGUGCUCGGCAACAUGGCGCCCAACGACGGCAUGCCAGCCGGCCCCAUGCCCCCCGGCUUCUUUCAGGGCCCCCCUGGCUCCCAGCCCUCGCCCCACACGCAGCCUCCACACAACCCUAACAACCCCAUCAUGGGGCCUCACAGUCAGCCUUUCAUGUCCCCUCGUUACCCCGGAGGGCCCCGGGCGUCCUUACGAAUGUCGAGCCAGCCUCCUGUAGGAGUUCCAGGAUCUCAGGCUUUGUUACCGAAUGCCAUGGACCCUACGAGACAGCAGGGACAUCCAAACAUGGGAGGUCCCAUGCAGAGAGUGACGCCCCCGAGGGGCAUGGGCAGCAUGCCCCCACAGGGUUACGGAGGUGGGAUGAGGCCACCGCCCAGCUCCCUCAGUGGACCGGGAAUGCCAGGAAUAAACAUAGGCCCCGCGGGAGGGAGACCGUGGCCAAACCCUCCAAACGCUAACUCGAUUGCCUACUCCUCGUCCUCUCCGGGCAACUAUGUGGGCCCACCUGGGGGGGCUCCUCCAGGGACCCCCAUCAUGCCAAGUCCAGGAGACUCCACUAACUCGAGUGAGAACAUGUACACCAUCAUGAACCCGAUCGGAGGGGGCGGGAACCGGCCCGGGUUCCCGAUGGGCCCGGGAGGCGAAGGGCCGAUGGGUGGAAUGCCAGGAAUGGAGCCGCACCACAUGAACGGAACGUUAGAAUUCCCCAAACAACAUGACGGGGAUCAACAAUCCUCCAGGAACACCCCGGGACGACGGAGAGAUGGGGGGGAAUUUCUUAAAUCCGUUUCAAAGCGAAAGCCAGUAUUCCCCAAGUAUGACAAUGAGUGUGUGAUCACACCCCCCCUCUCCCUCCCCCACCCCACACCCUCUUCCCUCACUGAACAAGCCCUGUUCGGUCGCCAUAGAGAUCAGCAAGAGCAUUCAUGAGGAGGCCAUACCUUCAGGCGUUGAAUUUAAUGAACUCUACGUGAAGCCUGAGGCUUAGGGGAAGAAAUGAGGAAAACAAACCACCAACACAAAAUGGAGACGUCACCUUUACACAUCGGGGAAGAUGGGAGAGGCGGAGGGAGAGGGUGGGGGAGACUUUGA